GCCCAGCGGAACGAGCGCCCCCCCACCAAAAUCCCCCACCUCCUCGCCAUCCCCACUCCGCGCGAAUACAUGAGACGAGCGUUAGUCGUUGAAGGUCGAUUUACGGGAGUGCGUCGUGCGACUCGCGUGCCGCGAGUGAGCGGGUGUUCUCGUGUUGUCACCGAGAGUAAAUCUUGACGAGUAACAGUGGUGGUGGUUGACGGGUGGUGGGUGGUGGACGGGUAGCGGGUGGUGGUGAUGCUAAUGCUGCAUGUGGCCGAUACGACGUUCCCUGUCAUCGGCACCUUCUUGCCGCGCGCUGGACGACGACAAUCCGUCGUCGAUCCGCCCCACCGGAAACAGAGCCUCCCCGGAAGCUGCGCCCGGAACGGAGCUCGUGCCGGGCGAGCCGAGCGCUAUUUCGUGAAAAUGAAGGACCAGACGGUGCAUCAUUCUUCUUCAUUGAGGACAAUUUCCUAGGAAUGACACUAUGAAAGGAAAAGGUCACGACUCGACCAUACAAGGUUUUCCGAAGCAGUACCCUGGCUGUAUAUUAUAUAGCAGGAAAAAGUCGGGAGGUAAAUUUAAUGAUAGCGCAUCAUCGCACAUCAUAAAAUAUAAGGAACAGAGCCAAAGAUAUGAGGUGCCAGCUUAAUACUAGAGAAAAAAUUGGGACGACGGUGGUCGGGGGAUCGAGAGCAGGUCGCGGGAUUCUAUUGAGGACUCUCGUGUUCGUCUUCCUGGCUACGUUUCUCUGGCUUCAGCUUCAUGUGAUCAGUUUGACGGGUCGAGAUGAUUCCGGGCAAUCAUCGAAUGAAACGCUUUAUUCCCUCGUACCUCAAGAAUUGCACAGAUUUUUGAAGGAGGGACGUAAUUCCUCCACAAAUUUGAACGCUAGUUCAGGAGCACUUACGGAACUAGAGAUUGCGGAAAUCCGGCGGAAGAUUGAACGGGCGAAUGCGGAGCAAAAAGUGUACAAUGAGGAGGCGUUCGGACCGUUGGCCAAUGACGCACCGAUUAUAGUCAUCCAAGUGCAUAAGCGAAUCACUUAUCUGCGGCACCUUAUCGUUUCGCUUGCGCAAGCUAAGGAUAUCGAGCAGGCUCUUCUUGUAUUUAGCCACGAUAUCUGGCAUCCGGAUAUUAAUUACCUCGUACAGAGCGUCGAUUUUUGCCGAGUAAUGCAGAUCUUCUACCCGCAUAGUAUACAGACUCAUCCUCAUACGUUUCCUGGCGAAGGACCAAACGAUUGUCAACGAAAUAUUCGCAAAGAACAGGCCUUAAAUUUAAAAUGCACCAACGCCAAACAUCCGGACUUGUACGGCCACUAUAGGGAAGCUAAAUUUACGCAGACGAAGCAUCAUUGGUGGUGGAAAGCGAACUGGGUGUUCAAUCAAUUGUCGGUAACGAGAAAUCAUACGGGGAUGGUCCUCUUUCUUGAGGAGGAUCAUUACGUCGCCGAAGAUUUCUUACACGUGCUCAGACUCAUGGAACGCACGUGCAAGCUCAAUUGCGAGAGAUGCAAUGUUCUGUCGUUGGGUACAUAUUUAAAGACGUACAACUAUUUUACGGAUUUUAGUCGUAAGUACCUCGGCGUCAAUAGCGCUCUGCAGAAGGAGUUGCUUCGUGGAUUAAAGCGACAGGAGAUAUCGGCAUUGAUGAUGCAGAAACAGCAAAUUGGCAACGGGAUCGGCGGCGGCGGCGGCGGCGGCGGCGGCACUACCGUCAAUGGCGGUGGUAGCGACGGCGUUAAUAAUGCUGGUGGUAACACGAUCGGUACCGGAAGUAACGGAAGUACCGGAAGUGGCGGCCGAGGCGGCGGCAGCUUCAACGGCGGCGGUAGCGGCGUGUCCUCCACCUACUAUCAGAACGCGAACGCGGUGCAAGCAGCGUCCGCGUGGGCCUUCCAACUUCUGCCUAGUCUCUACAAUCAUUAUCAGAAGGCGGAAGUGACGCCGUGGAUAUCCAGCAAACAUAACAUGGGCAUGGCAUUCAAUCGCAUCACGUGGAAUAAACUGCGGAAAUGCGCCGCGCAGUUUUGCUCGUAUGACGACUACAAUUGGGAUUGGAGUCUGCAGUAUAUCGCGCAAACAUGUCUACCACCUAGCCGAGGCGCCGGAAUAGCGCCUCGUGCUGAAUCCGGAUUGAUCACGAUGACGAUGAGAGCUCCUAGAGUCUUCCAUAUCGGAGAAUGUGGAGUACAUCAUAAGAAGAACAAUUGCGAGUCGACAGCAGUGAUAGCAAAGGUCCAAAAUGUUUUAAAGGCGGCGCGCAAUCAUCUGUUCCCUUCGCAAUUAACGUUGACGAUCGCCGGGACAGCGAAGAAGACGAAACUCCGCAAAGGUAAUGGCGGUUGGGGAGACAUACGAGAUCACCAACUUUGCUGGAAUAUAUCUGUAUACCCAGAUCUAGUUCUGCCUUGAAGAUUUAGAAUUGCAAAUUUUGAUUCUGUUAACGUAUCGAGCAAAUUUGUUGAGCAAACACGAACCGCUAUAAUUAUUGAACGAUUAUUGGAGUAAAUCUAUCACGGUAAUUUAGCAAUAUAUUCGGGAUACCGUUCUUACGGGAUAUUUGGUAAGAUGGUACAAUAAGAGGGACUAAAGAAUUUCCAUCGUUCUAUGAAUCGAUUUCGAGUUGCGUUGAAUUAAUGAAUAUUAUCGUCACUGUCAAUCAUGAUCGUGAGACCGCUGUCACUGCCAGGAAUAGAAGGUUUCUUUUACAAGUAUUCGUGAACGUUUUGUCGUGGUGAAACAUAAUAUUGAAGCGGACAAAAGAGAAUUCGACAGUGAGUUCAAAUUGGUGCUAUCCUGAAAGAAAAUGCGAUUUUUUACAGUAUAUAUUUAAUUCGCUAAUUAAUCUGUUAAGUCGUACCGUUAGAUGCAAAAUAAUAAAGACAUUAAAAACUAUAUCGCUGCAGAUGAAUUGGCGAAAAAUAGCGAAGAAAAUUUCGCAUAAAUCAAAAAAGGAAAGAUUUUCGAAACAUAUUGAUAAUGUUAUCAAUAGAUGAAAAAGGAGUUCACUUUCUCAGCAUUGCGCUGUCCGUAAAAAUAGUGUGAUAAAAGCGUUAAUAAUAAGACACCACAUUUCCUCAAUUGACCGUGUUUUGGACUGCUGCUCAUGGAACAUAUGUACUCGCUCGAAGGAGUAAUUUUUCAUAUUCUUAAAGGACGAAAACAUGAUAAACAAGUGAGUUUGAUUAAGCUUAAAUAUGUAUUAUCACAAUAUUCUAAAGGCCUAUAUGACAAGACAUUGGAAACAAUUUAAUUUCCAUGUCAUCAAUAAUUUCCAUGAUGCAAGUGCAAGCAGUCAUAUAAAAUUGUAAAUUCAAGGAUAUAUAGAAACAAAGAAGACUAUACUCUAUAUUAACAUCAUGAAGAAAUUAGUCUGCUUUCCAACUAGCUUCUAUCUAUUCUUUUUUGAGAUGCUGGACAUUGGUGUUAAUCAGCAUCGUAAUGUCGAUCACGAAAUGCGCUCAUCAUAUUCUAGUCAAUGUGUAUAACGUAAUGCUAAAGCUGCAGGUAUUUAAUAAUUAAUCGUAGAGAAUAAGCUCGUAAAAUUUAAGAAUUCAUACCUACUACUAGUGAUACGCCCGUAAAGGCGCUCUAACGUCUUGUAACGACCUCGGGGAUACGAACGUAAUGAAUGUCAUGUACCUUUUAUAUUUAUAACAAUAAAACGACAUGCAACGAACAUAGAUAGAAUUCGCAAGAAAUGGCUUUUCUGCUGAUAAAUAUUAAAUUUCUGUGUUUCUCCAACAUUUAUAAUGUUUUUAUAGAAGUGCACUUAUACUUUGAAAAAGAUACACUAUUGUAUUUGUUUAAAAGGCGCAAUUCAUCUUUCAUGAAAAUUAAGUAUCAAUAACUAUUAAUUUCAUUGUUUGUUCAUGUUCUUU